AUGAGACUGGAGGACCAAACCGAGCCCUGUAUCUCCCCUCGGCAAGCGGCUGCUGCUCUGGGCUCGCAACCCGAAUGCUCCCCCCACCAGGCCGGCUUCCGCUCUGUUUCGCCUGGCCCAUUGUACAGCAGCGCGGAACAUCCCACGCACAACAACAAUAACAGCAGCAGCAGCAGCAGCAACAGUAGCAACAGCGGCGCUGAUCCGGCAAACGAGCGUGAACAACGAUACGCCGACGGGUGGACGCGGAUGCCUGAUGAUACGAGCCGGUAUGAUCUGGGAGAAUCCUCACUGCUAGCCCUCGAAGUGUCUGGAUCCGGCCCGCUCGCAUCCGGAGCCCGGGCGUGGCCUGCACCGGGGGCACCGCCGCCGCCGCCGCCGCCGAUCCCCGAAGCCUCAACACCGCCGCCAGCAGGGACAGGACCCGCUGGCAAUAAGAGGCACUCGGUGACGGGGACGGAGGACAAGAGCGUGGCACGGCCGCUAGAUUCGCAGGAGUCGCCCACCAAGAAGCCCCGGCUGGUUGCUCCCGGUGACCUGUCACUCUCCCUGCCGCCGCCGCUGGCCCCGGGCGACGACCAAAGCACACCCGCUCACUCCGCUCUAGCAUCUCCGCUCUUCUUCUCGGUCUCGCCAACGCACGGGAUUCCUUACCCGCCCAGCGCCUCGACGCCGGAGGCGCCCCUGUCCAUGAUGGCCGGCAAUGAGAAUCCCGACGGGGUGACGACGCUCUGGUUGCCGAGAGGGCAAGUCACCACCACGAAUACGAAUACCACCAUCGUCACCUCCACGUCGCGGUCUCUGAGCACGUCGCAUAGCCGGCCGUCGACCGAACUUUCCAGUCUAUCGUGUAGUCCCGACGACGGGCCACAGCCGUUGGCGGUGCACCUGCUGCGGGGGAUAGGGGUCGUCGAGCUGCUGGAGCAGGACGAGAGGCCAACCUUCAUCAUCGACCUCAACGACCCGGCGAACUUCGACGACGGACCCCUACACCUGCUCUACGCCAAUGAUGCGCUGAGGACAGCGCCCGCUCUGCUGACACUGUUGCAGACCGGCCCGGCCGAGUUGGGCGACAACGACGAUUUCUUCAAAUUCAAGGCUUGGGCGGUCAGCUUGCUGCUGCAUGACCCGAAGGUCGCGGGCGCGGCCGCUUCGUCCUUCAAGUACUCUGGCUUUCCUUGGACUCGCUCGACGCUCCAGCGACGGUUUCGAGUCAUCCGCGGCUAUCAGGACACAAGCUCCUCCACGCCAACAUCGCCGAUCCAGGCAGCGCCAGUAGUGGCACCAAUACAAGUACAAUCCUCGCCGGUGACUGACCUGGGAUUCAGCGGCGGCCCGUGGACGGACACGCAGAGCCAGCAGCCCGAGGCACCGGCGGAACGCAGCGACUACUUCGGGCUGACGAGCCAGCCUCACACCCGCGCGCACUCGGAACCCCGGCGCAGGACCUCCUCCUUUACCGACGCUGUUGUAGAGCCCUUCGAUGAUCUCGUGCUCGCAUCUCCUCCGCCGCUACGGACAACGUUUGACUGGACGCAGAUCCCCAUUGACGAUCCCAACCUUCCUCCUCACCACCGGUUUGCGCGAUCCAUUGACUGGGCAUCCACGCCGCUGGGUCCGAUCGACACGUGGCCUCUGGAACUGCGCAUCAUGUCGACCAUGGUGCUGGGCAGCCCGCACCCGGCCGCGCUCUACUGGGGCAAGGACUAUACCGUCAUCUACAACGAAGCCUACAUCUCGCUCGCCGGAAAGAAGCACCCCCGGCUGAUGGGAUCGCGGUACCAGGACUGCUGGGCCGAGAUCUGGGACGAGGUGCGGCCCGAGUUCGAAGCCGCGUGGAACAGCGGGUAUGCGACGAUGAAGCACGACGACACCCUCUUCCUGUCGCGGCACGGCUUCACCGAGGAGACCUUCUUCAACUGGGCCACGAUCCCGCUUGUCGGCGGCGACGGGUCCGUGGUGGCGCUCUACAAUCCCGCCUUCGAGAACACGCGGCGGAAGAUCAACGAGCGGAGGAUGCUGACCCUUCGUGAGAUCGGCAUGAAGACCGCAGCAGCGCGAGACGUGAAGAGCUUCUGGAGCCAGCUUGCGCAGGGCUUGGAGUACAACGAGCUGGACGUGCCGUUUGCGCUCCUGUACUCGGUCGCCGAGGACAGCGAGAGCGAAGUGUCGUCCAUGGCCUCGGGGAGCCUUGCGCAUCCGCCGCAGAUUGUGCUCGAGGGCGCCAUUGGCGUUCCCGACGGCCAUCCGUGCGCGGUCCCUUCGAUCGACCUGCGGUACAGCGACGAGGGCUUCGCGCCGUACCUGAGGCAGUCGAUGGCGCUUCCGACCAGCUCGGUGGUGCUCAGCGAGGACGACGGCACGCUGCCGAGGGAGCUGGUCCAGGGGCUCGCAUGGCGAGGGUACGGAGAUCCGUGCCGCACCGUCGUUGUGUUCCCGGUGCACCCGACCACUGCGGGCGACUCGGUCGUCGGCUUCAUCGUCUUGGGCGUGAACCCGAGACGGCCGUACGACGAAGACUACCAGCUGUUCCUCAAUCUGCUCUCCCGCCAGCUCGCCACCUCUCUGGCCUCGGUGGUGCUGUUUGAGGAGGAGAUCCGGCGCGGCCAGCGGGCGGCCAAGCUGGCCGCCCUGGACCGGCAGGAGCUGUCGCUGCAGCUUCACCUCCGCACACAGGAGGCCGUCGAGAGCGAGUAUCGCUUCGCACGGAUGGCGGAGUUUGGCCCCGUCGGCCUGUUCAUCGCCGACGGCAACGGGCAAAUCAACUACUGCAACGACAUGUGGUACCGAAUCUCGGGACUUCAGCGCGACGCCAGCACCUUCGCCGCGUGGAUGCAGAGCAUUCGGGACGAGGACCGGCAUGGCACCGAGCUGGCCUGGCGCCGCCUCGUGGAAGAGAAGACGGCCGUGACCCACGAAUUCCGGUUCAAGGGGUCAAGGGAGCUCAUGGACGGCCACUCGGUCGACGUCUGGGCCCUGAUGAGCGCGUACCCGGAGCGGGACGAGUCCGGCGAGCUCAAGAGCAUCAUCGGCUGCCUGACAGACAUCUCGCAGCAGAAAUGGGCCGAGGACUUCCAGAAGCAGCGGCGGGACGAGGCGGUGGAGCUGAAGCGCCAGCAGGAGAACUUCAUCGACAUCACGAGCCACGAAAUGCGGAAUCCGCUGAGCGCCAUCCUGCAGUGUGCCGACGAGAUCUCGACAAGCCUGACCCGGUACAGGCAAGGGGAGCCCGUGGCGCACAUCCCCGGUGCGCUGAGCAUGUUGAUUGACAGCUGCGUCGAGGCGGCCAGCAUCAUCUCGCUCUGCGCCAGCCACCAGAAGCGCAUCGUAGACGACAUCCUGACGCUGUCCAAGCUCGAUUCGAACCUGCUGCUCGUGACGCCCGUCGACGUGCAGCCGGUCCGGAUCGUGCAGGACGUGCUCAAGAUGUUCGAGACCGAACUGCGCUCCAACGACAUCGACAGCCGGCUGAGCAUCGAGCAGUCCUACCGAGACUUGGCCAUCGACUGGGUGAAGCUGGAUCCCUCGCGCCUGCGGCAGGUCCUCAUCAACCUGAUGACCAAUGCCAUCAAGUUCACGCAGGGGAUGCCGACGCGCGAGAUCGUCAUCAGCCUCGGCGCGUCCACGGACUUGGGCGAGGAAGAGCACGGACUGUCCUACGUGCCCGCGCGGCAGCAGGACCAGGAGGAUCUCACAGACGACGCCGACUGGGAAAACGGCGAGAAAAUCUUCCUCCAUCUCGCCAUCACCGACACGGGCUCGGGGCUGGACGACCACGAAAAGCAACUCCUCUUCCAACGCUUCAGCCAGGCCAGCCCGAGAACCCACGUCAAGUACGGCGGCUCCGGGCUGGGCCUCUUCAUCUGCCGGAUCUUGACCGAGUUGCAGGGUGGCCAGAUUGCGGUACACUCCAAGAAGGGCCAGGGCAGCACCUUUGCCUUCUACAUCAAGAGCCGGAAGUCGGAUCGCCCCCGGGGUAUGUCGCCAGUCCGCGCACCCACGCCUACGCCCACGGCCACCACGUGCACCCCCGAUGGUCCAUCGCCUUGGCCGUCCCCUCUGCUCCGCGCGCUCGGGGAUGAACAACAGCAAACGCAGUCGCUAACCGCACCCGCCACGCCACCGCCACAAACACCAACUGCGCUGCCAGCCCAAGCAUUGCCGCCGCCCCCAUCCCUGCCCCUGGGACAGUCCAAUACGUGCAGCCUCGACGUUCUGAUUGUGGAGGACAAUCUGGUGAACCAGAAGGUGCUGAAGCGGCAGCUGCAGCUCUCGGGCAACAACACGUAUGUCGCCAACCACGGCGGCGAGGCCCUGGCAGAGCUGAGGCGCUCCCGCUUCUGGAACGAGAGCGCCGCCACCAUGGCGAGCGAACCCCCCCUAGCCGGGCAGCCGAUGGUCCCGCCGCCGUCGCCGCUCCCGAGAAGUGACUCGCAAGGGAGCGCGAGCAGGGACGGGAGCGAGGAGGACAACAACAAUAAUAGCAGCAACAAUAACAACGCCGACGACCACAACAUGAAAAACAUUUCGGUGAUCCUGAUGGACCUGGAGAUGCCCGUCAUGGACGGCAUCAGCUGCACCCGCGAGAUCAGACGGCUUGAGCAGGCGGGCGUCAUCACCCACCACAUCCCCAUCAUCGCCGUCACGGCAUAUGCGCGGCCGGAGCAGGUGGAGAAUGCGAAGGCCGCUGGCGUGGAUGGCGUGAUUUCCAAGCCCUUCCGCAUCUCCGAGCUGAUACCCAAGAUCGAGGAGCUGGUCAUCAAGUAUGACAUGGUGCCCGCCCUGGAGGAGGCUCUGCAGCCGCCCGUGCCAUGGCGCGCGGGAGUGGGGAGGGGAAGAUUCACAGCGGCAUUGCAGGAUCUCUGUCGCAUCUAUUCGGUACUGUUGUACAGCACAUACGUGCUUCUGAAGGCAUAUCAUCUACGGCCCUAUUGGUUGCGGAGGUUAGAAGAGGAAGAAGGUGGUGGUCGAUAUCCAUAUGCGCAUCCUAUCCUGAAAGGCGGCCGGCUCAUCUUCUCCUCCGGAGGCAGUCGGCCCCACUUCAUCGGGGUCCCGAUGGUCAGCCCCAGAGUGAGCCCCAAUCUUCUCAUAACAAAGCAGGAGCAAUACGGAAUACUGUACAUGAUGGAAGUCUCUGCUUGGCGGUACCGCCUACAGUCAGCGAUCGAGAACUGGCGGUUGACUGCUUGCAUCGGCGCAUCCAAAUCCUUGCAGUCCACAAUUCGCCCGGCGGCCGGCCUGGCACAGCAACAUCCCGUCAGGCAACCAGUCUCCCAGGACGUGAACAGAAAAACAAGACCUUCCCCCGUCUCCGGGCCUCCACCCGGUCAGAUCCCUCAAUGCAUCUUUAUACCCCUUCUGUCAUAA